AUGCCUCCAACACUCCCCAAAACCCUCCUCAUCAUCUCCCUCAAGAUGUACUUCGCCCCCUCCCGCACCCUCUCCUACCUCCGCGGCCUCCUCGAACUCAGCGUCAACUCCGACAAGAAAGACCUCCUCCUAGCCCUCAUCCCCGACUUCCUAACCAUCCACCCCUGCGCCAAGAUCCUCCGCGAAGCCAACGCCACAGACACCUUCCUUCUCGGUGCCCAGGAUUGCUUCUGGGAAGCCCUCGGCCCUUACACCGGCGAAGUCUCCCCGCUCGCCCUCCGCGAUCUAGGCGUAUCAAUUGUCGAGCUCGGACACGCAGAACGCCGCGCCAUCUUCCACGAGACGGACAACGAGGUUGCGAAGAAGGCGAAAGCUGCUUGUGAGCAUGGGCUAAUCCCACUGGUUUGCGUGGGGGAGAUUAUGGCCCCCGCGGGGGACCAGGCGAUAGCGCGGGCUAUCGAGGAAGUUGCUGUGCAGGUAAGGCCAGUCCUCGGUGCUAUUCCUGCUGAUGCGCCGGUGAUUUUUGCCUACGAGCCGGUUUGGGCGAUUGGGAAACCCGUGCCUGCGGGAAUGGACCAUGUUUCUGCUGUGGUUGAGGGCAUUCGCGGUGUGGUUCGGGAGUCUGGGGUUAAUGGUAGGCAAGUAGAGGUGCGGGUGCUGUAUGGGGGAAGCGCGGGCCCCGGAUUGUGGGGAGCGGGCGGUCUAGGGAAGGCGGUUGAUGGGAUGUUUCUGGGGAGAUUUGCGCAUGAGAUUGACGGCGUGCGGAAGGUGGUUCAAGAAGUCGAGGAGACCCUGUAG